AUGAUCCUCCAAUCCCUCGUCUACCUCACCACCUGGCUCCUCACUUCCCUCUACAUCAACCACCACGGCCCCUCCACCACCAUCGCCCCAAUCUUCACCAAAUACCACAACCGCAUCUACUCCCUCUUCUCCCUCCUCCUCUGCCUCUUCAUCCUCUUCAUCUCUUUCCAAUCCUCCUACCAGGACGGUCUGAAUUCCGACGGCCUCGACCUCGACCGCCUAGCCCGCAACACAUUCCACCUCUCCAAAUUCUACGAAUACACCGACAUCCUCUCCGUAACCGCCCUACACACCCACCACGCCAUCGACCUGCACUUCGCCUUCCACCACCUUACCACCCCUUGGCUGACUUUCAUCCGCGUCUUACCCGACGAAAGCUGUGAAGGGUGGAGAUGGUUUGCAGCGGCUAAUACGGCACAUCACGCGUUGAUGUAUGCUUAUUUUGGGGGAGUUGCAGGGCCACGGUAUACGGAGAGGCUGAGGAGGGUGUUGAGGUGGACAGGGGAGGGACAGUUGCUGCUUGGGAUGGUGGUGGAUGUGGGGGUUGUUUGGGGGAGGGUGGUUGGUAAAGGGGAAGGUGUGGAGGGGGUGUGGCGGUUUUUGGUGUCAGGGGGGUUGUUGGGGGUUUAUUGGGGGUUGAAUCGACGGGAGCUGGGGAGGAGGGAUAGGGAGAGGAAGACGGUUAAGGAUGAGAGUAAGGAGGGUAAGGAGGAAUGA